UUUUAAUGGUGGGGGGAGAGUGGGUUGGCGGGGGGGGGGGGGGGGGCGUCAGUUUGGUUUGUUUGCAAUCCCUGUUUUGCUUUGGGAGCUUUAGAGGACAGACACAUUCUUCCAUCUCUGCUAAUCCUCCUCUGAUACAGAGGAUUUUCCUGCCAUUAAAUGAUAGCUUGUGAGAAAAAAAUGCCAACUUUUCAGAGACUGACUCGUAUGGCUAAUGGCAGCCUCAUGAGCAGGAGGGAGGACACAGCCACUGCCUGGCUAGAUGAUAGGAACCUGCCCUUGGCACGGCUGGUGGGAAGGAUGUGGAUGAGCUCCUGAAAAGGAGUAGCACAAAGCCGCAGGAUUCCCUGAGAAGGUCAGUGGUGGAAGAAAGAUACCAGAAAGAUCCCUCAAGUUUGCCUGCCAGACCUGAAAUGCCACUAGUGAAUAAUCAAGGUAAUGUUUGCCAUCAUUUUAAAUGUGAUCCUUUGGGUCCCCCAUGUCCAUGCGGUGUGGGCGUGCGUGCGGUCCUGCCCCGCCAACUGCGUGUGCACCCAGGAGCGGAGCUGCUCCGUCCUCUGCGAUCGUGCCGGUCUGGGGCAGAUCCCUAGUGACUUCCCUUGUGAAGCCUCCUCUAUCAACCUGGACAAAAACAGCAUCAAGUUCCUCUCCGAGAGGGCCUUCGGGACCUUGCCUUCCCUCAAAUCCCUGUCGCUCAACCACAACAAUAUCUCCUUCAUCACCCCGGGGGCUUUCAAGGGGCUGCCCAGCUUGACCGAGCUGAAGAUGGCCCACAACGAGUACAUUCGCUAUCUCCACACGCGGACUUUCACUGCCCUCAGACGGCUGGUGAAGCUGGACCUGGCGGACUGCAACCUUUUCAACAUCCCGGACAGGAUCUUCAUUGAGUUGCCGGCUCUGCAGGAGCUCUUCUGCUUCCAGAACAACUUCCGCAGGAUCCCAGGUGCCAUCAGGGGCAUGGAGAACCUGACCCAUGUUUACCUGGAGAGAAACAGGAUCGAAGCGGUGGCCUAUAACUCCCUGCAGGGCCUGACCAAGCUGAAAUACCUGAAUCUGCAGGACAACAGGAUAAACGUCAUUCACGAGGGAGCUUUUCAGGGCUGCCGGAAGAUGGAGUACCUGUACCUGAACGACAAUUUGAUCAGCGAGCUUCCAGAAAACUCCUUCGAUGGCCUGCGGUGCCUGAAGAUGCUCAACCUGGGGGGUAAUUUUCUCAGGAACAUUUCCAACACCUGGUUCAGGGACCUGGGGGAGCUGGAGGUCCUCUACCUGGACCGCAACAGGAUCAACUACAUUGAGGAAGGGGCUUUUGAAAACCUCACCAGCCUGGUCGCGUUGCACUUGAACAGCAACAACCUGACGACCCUGCCCUUUUCUGUCUUCCAGCCGGUGUACUUCCUUGGGCGGCUGUACCUCUUCCGCAAUCCCUGGGAGUGCGACUGCCGCAUCGAGUGGCUGAAGGAGUGGAUGGAGAAUUACAGACUCGUCAGGGAUAUUCCCUGUGCCUCCCCCUCCUCAGUAGCUGGCAUUGACCUGAUGGACGUGCUCUACGAGAGAUCGCCAGAAGGUUACUGUCUUGACCCGGUGGAGCUAAACAUUACAUCCGAAGGCCCGACCCCAAGUGAAGAGCCUUGGUCUACCACAGAGAGCAAGUUCAACAGCCUUAUCUCCAAACUCUUGCUCCAGAUGGGCCUUCCCGAAGAGGUGGCAAACACCACCGAAGUCUAUGUUAACAGCACCCAGCUGGAUGGACUGACUGAUGGGGUUUCUUCUGGGGUGGGGGAAGACAGUAUCGAGGCCAUCUCCUUCUCUUUUUACCUCCCAGCACUUUUUACAGUGAUUGUUUUGCGGUGCAAAUAGUCCAAGGGCUGCAUGGAGCGUGGCUCCCGCUUAAGCGUUUAGUCCCUGUACCUACCUAGUCAUUAGGGAAAAGUUUGUACCGCGGGCCUCCGAUACAUAACCGGCUCCAAACUCUCCCAGGUUGGGUUGGUUGGAUCUGGCUCCAGAUUCCCCUGGGAGCUGGUAGGAUCUGGUUCAAGGCUGGGUCCCACUCUGCCGUGUGCGGUCUCAGAGCGUCCCAGACCCUCACCGACCUGCGUGGAAGAUGAGCAAUGAAAGAAUAGCAGUAAGGUGAGUUUCGCUUGGAGACGUGCGGUGUCCCUUGCUGGGAGCGGAGGGAAGAGGGCUCUGCACGGCUGGUGGUGCAGCGCCGUUUAUUCCGUCGGGCCAACUCUGGUUGACGCAACCAUCGACUUUACGAGAGCAAGAUGAGGCAGCAAAACCAGACCCCCCCACCUUCAUAUCCUGACAGACACCCACCCGCACCCACGGCGGGUGCUGCCGAAGACUGGCGAACCAUUCCUGAUUUCCACCAGCGUGUGCUGGGGGGAGCUGGGCUGUCCUGGGCAGCGUCCAGGGGUGCAGCACUAGCCCUUGUGAACGGAACAGCAUCUGGGGAGGGUGCCUGCCCCAGGCGGGUCUGGGAUGGGCACAGUGUUUUGGCCGUGACGACAGGCAGGAUUUUGAUCCUUUCUCCCCCUGCUAUCCUGGCACAGGUGCAGGAGAACCAGACAGACCCAUGUUUGUCAAAACAUUCUUCUCUGAGGCAAAGCUAUUUAAAAUUAAUGGCUUACUUAUUAAUGCCAUUUCGAUGUGUUUUUAUUUUUCAAUGAAUCUAUUGUUUCAAGGAAUAUAUCGUUUUUAUUUGUAGAUUAUUUCAUGCCAUGACAGCAGGGGCAGAACAUGACAAAUGCAACCAGGCCCUACUAAAUAUUUUGCAUUAUUUCCACCACUAAUGUGUACCACAUAGCAUGUCAUAUUAUGCUGUACUAACCAACUAUGCCAUCAUUUUCUUUUAUAUGGCCUCUUACAUGUUUUAUCUUUGAAAUCUUCAAUGAAAGCUGCUAAUAUGGCCAGAAAGAAUUAUCACGUUUUAUGUAUCAGGGCACAUUAAUAAAAUAAUCUGAUAUUUUGCUCACAAAAAUAAACUAUCUGCUCAAAACCCACAUUUGUUUUGAGAUCUUCGAAUUACUCUGCUGGGUUUUUUGUAGGCUACUCAAAUGUGUGCACAUGAAUGUCCUUUUUAUGGUUUAGAGCAAAUGGCAAGCUACUUAUUGCAGCAUAAAGAAUAGACAGUUUAACUUAGAACAUGACCGUGCUUACAUUUGUGUUAAGUAGCAAUGCUUUAAAAAAUAAGUGACUAGAUAGAAAUACAAUUCUGUGAUAUUUUAACUAUAUUAAAUUAUUAUACAUGGCUUAUCAUACUAUGAUGUACAUGUUCAUAUAAAAUGAUACAGCAUAUACAGUCCUUUAGUACUGCUAAAAUGUCAUGAAAUAGGAAUAAAAAUGGAAAUUAAUUAAAAAAAACCUAUCAAACAUUUUCAUAACCCCCUUCCCCCCCCCCCCCCCCGCCUUUUCAUGACCAAUUCAACAUGAACGUGACCUCCACCCCUGCCUGGCUCGGUCCCCGUGGGUGCUGAAGCAGCAGUGGCAGAGGGCGAGCUGCCCUGGCUCACUCUUUGCUAAGGUAGUGGUUCAGUAUGGACAACACGUUGGCUAAAACCAACUGAGAGUAGCUGUCCUUGCCUCUGCCCCUUCCCCCAGUCGCACACCAGUGAGUAUCCAAAAACAUGUGCAAAGGACAGGCCAGCUGAAGAUGAUAGACUUUGGGCAUAGAACAGUUGAAAAAUGGUGGCCGAUGUACAAAUUCACGCACAAAGACCUUUUCGUAGCAGCUCUCGUGCCCUCUUACAUCUGUGAUUGUCUGGGAAAACUGGGGAAAUAAAUAAACUUUUUCAAAAAGG